AUGAAUGCUCAUAGACAGGGAGCUGACAUCUUCUCGAGCGGCCCCAUUCAUCAUUACGCAAGUCAGAGCAGCCACGAUGAGACACCAUUUACGGCCCUGCGGAACCACCAAGAAUUAGCAUACACGAUAAUCGCCAUAUUCUGUACUUACUUACUUCUCGAUCAUUUUGGCCUCGCUCCGGUUUCCCUUAUACGGUCGCUCUGGAACGUGUUCGUCUAUCUUACCCCGUCCUGGGUCCUCGUCGCAUUAGAUUCCCGCAUGUCGCCGUCCGACUCCUCCCCCUCGAGCCCCUCGGGAUUGUCCUUCCAUGAAAAGAGCGAGUCUAUGCAACGGAUAUUGGGCUUGGAUAACAACUCUUUCCCAUUCUUCCCGCGAUCCCGAUCCCUUUCCGGAAUUGGCAGCGCUCUCCUGGGUAACAACAAAGACGCCAUCCCUCCAGGUCUCGGCAACUGGGAUAAUUCUUGCUAUCAGAACAGUAUAAUCCAGGGUCUGGCGUCGCUAAAGUCGCUCUCGGCAUUCUUGGGGCGUAACGUCCAUCUUCUGGGAGAGAAGAACCCGUUCUCGACACACCAGGCGCUUAAAGGCAUCAUCGACCUUCUGAACAGUGCAUCAAACCAUGGACAUAAGCUUUGGAUUCCUUCGGACCUGAAGUCGAUGAGUAGCUGGCAACAGCAGGAUGCGCAGGAAUACUUCUCCAAGUUGGUGGAUCAGGUCGACAUUGAAAUCCAACGAGCGUCGCGAGGGGACACGAGGAACAUGGGUCUGAAAAUGGCCGGGCCGGAGGAAAACAUUCUGAAAGAAAUUUGCGUGGAUACAACGGCAGUCGACGAGAAUGUGCUAUCAGCGAUCGAGAAGGCUUCUUUUCGCAAUCCGCUCGAGGGCUUACUUGCCCAGCGGGUCGGGUGCAUGAAGUGUGGAUGGACAGAGGGGCUCUCGCUCAUCCCUUUCAACUGCCUUACAGUUCCUCUCGGAGCUAAAUAUGAGUACGACAUUCGUGAAUGUCUAGAUCAGUAUAUGACACUGGAGCCCAUCGAGGGUGUGGAGUGUGCCAAGUGUACUCUGCUACGAGCACGGGACCAGCUGAAGAACCUCCUUGGAAGUAUGUCUUAUGAAGAUGAAGCGGACAAGCUACAGUCGCCCGGCCUUUCAGAUGCUGUGAAGACAUCCGCGCAGACACGUCUCGAAGCCGUACAAACUGCUCUUGAGGAGGACGAUUUUGCCGAGAAGACGCUGGCAAACAAAUGCCACAUACCCUCCAAGAACCGAAUGACUACUACCAAGUCUCGCCAGGCUGUGAUAGCUCGGGCACCUCAAUGUCUGGUCGUCCACAUCAAUCGCAGCCUGUUCGAUGAGAUGACGGGGAUGUUGAAGAAAAACUAUGCAGCAGUCAAAUUCCCCAAGAACCUUGAUUUGAAUGACUGGUGUCUUGGAACUCAGCCUACUAGUGAGUCUGAAGAACCCUCCGAACGCUGGGUUACCGACCCUUCGGAGUCAAUGCUUCCCCAACCUGGCGAGGCAAUCCGCAUGCCUAGCAGACAAUACGAACUCCGUGCCAUCAUUACACACUAUGGCCGCCACGAAAACGGUCAUUAUAUCUGCUAUCGCAAAUACCCCACAUCCAUCUUUCCUGCGCCAGUCCCUGACGAGGUCCUGCAGGCGGAGGGUGACAAGGAGAAGCCAGAGCGCUGGUAUCGACUCAGUGACGAUGACGUGCAGAUGGCAGUCGAUACGAAGACCUCGGUGCCCUUGGAUGGAACUGCGAAGCCGGAAUCAGUCCGUUCCGAGGUCUCCGAAUCGGUGUCUAAUUUCACCAUGUCUGAAAACAUGUCGACUACGUCCACGGUAACAGACGCCGAUUCCACCACGUCUCGUGCAACCAGCGUAUCAACUCCUGAUCAGACUGCGCUGCCUGUGGAAGAUCUCGGCGCCGAUUCCAUGGUUCCCAAAUCUUUCAAUGUGGUGAACAACGACAUCCAUAUCUCCACCGAGGAGCUCAGCUCCCCUUCGGCCAUCACUGCCUGA